AUGAAACAAAAUUUUGCUAAAUCUCGCGUGGUGUUGUUGCUUUCCGAUUUGUGGAAAUUUGUUCAACUGAUAUUUCGCCAACAGUUGAAUGAUCAUGAUUUUGAGCAGCUCGCACUUGGUGCUACUGAAACGUUGGAACAUCAAACUGUGUUUUACUUUGCACUGAGACUGGGUUUCGAUCAAAGUGUCGAGAAACUUGAAGAAAUGAAACGACAAUUUGACUUGAAGAAUUGGGUGGUUCGAUUUUUCAUAUUGAUCAACCUUUCAAGAGCCUUUUUUGUUUUUAGUGCCGAAGGUGACACAGCAAUAUAUUUGGGUGAUCCACUGUUUGCAUCCAAAGACAGAGAUGUUCUGAAGAUUGUUGUCGUUGUUGGCACAGCCGUCAUGUACUUCGCUCAUGAAGGUAUAAUGUUGGUUGAAAGACAAGGUGGGUUUGUUGGUGCAGCAAUCAGAAUAAAAGAUUUACUAAAAAAAGGAUUUUCCCACUUUCCAUUCGUCGAGCCUCAACAAAAAGACUUUAAUCGCACUUGUUAUUACAUUAGUUUAUUUUGGAACUUUAUUUGCCCAAUGACCGUUCUUUACGUAACGAUACUCUACAACUAUGAGCUCGUCAUUAACCUUUACAAUCAUUUUUCCUUGAAAACACUCUUCUUUGAGGUUGCAUGGACCUUAACAUUGACACCUUUAGUUGCGCUUUUAGCAACUCAACUGAUUUGUGUAGCCGCGAUCCUUUGUCUCUAUGCUACUGUUCAUCAUUUUCACAUGGAAUCUCUAAUAAAUGCAACCUCACUACUUCUCAAAUCACUUGACAAGCCUUACAAUAGUGACAUUAGAUUCAUUACCAGACAUGCGACAGUGUUGUUCAACGAGUUGGAUUUAAAUUUUAGAAAAGUUCGCUUCAUGGUUUUUUAUUUUUACACUGGAGUAGCUCUUCAAUCGCUUUGGUUUAUACAGUUUGCCAUUAUCAUUGGAAAUCAUUCCAUUGUAAUGGAUGGUCUUAUUGCUUGCCUCGGAAUCAACAUUAUUGGUUAUACUUUAGUGAUUAGUCUCGUUUGUGCCAGAUUAACCAACAAGGUUGGAAGGCUCUAUCCAAUGUGGCAUCAAGUAUAUCUUAAAAGUGAAGCUAAAAUAAACAUGAAAUUAAAAAUAAUCGAAAUCUUGAACAGAACAACGCUGCCAACGACUGGCUUCCAGAUUGGCGAUUUUGGGGUAAUAACGACAGAUUUUGUGUUAAUUUUUCUCCUAGAGUUUAUAUCAAUGAUGAUGAUGUUGAGUUGUAAUUUCGGAUCAUUUUUUUGAGCUUCAUUAAUAAGUCAAGUGUUUCAACUAACCAUAUUUAAUUGGAUUGUAAUCCGUCAUCAUCACCAUCAUUUUGGAAACAUUAUCAUCUAAAACCAAUAAUAAACUAACAAUAAAAAUGCUAAUAAUGCUUUUAGCUCAAUUAAUUGAUUCCGAAAUCUCAAAUGAUUUAUUCAAAUGUAAUUGAUCUGGAAUUGGCUUGAUCCAUCAACGAAUAAAAUUUACAUCUUCAAAAUCGAUAUCUACCUCAAAACUAAAAUCCAAUCAAUGACUGAAAAUUUCAACGUUUUAUCCAUAAUAUUGUCAAUAUUAUCAUAAACGAUAUUCAUCUGAUUUGUCAAGAAAUGUCUUGACUCAGAGUGGCAACUUUGGCCUCGAA